AUGCUGAUCGAAAGUGAUGACAGUCCUCUGUCUCAUGGGAUAUUUUUAGGUUUCAAAAAAGAGGAGAUGAUGGUUGGACUUGCUUACCCUGGCUAUGUCACAAUCAGCGGGGAGAGGACAGCAGAUGAUGACAAAUGCAUAUACUUCGGGCAGGCCAUACGACUGCCAGAGAAUUUAGAUAUGAAUAAGAUAGGUCAAAAGUUUGAGGGUGAAAUGCUCUGUCUAACCUUCCCAAAGAGAGCAGAAGAAAAGGAUAAUGAAAAUGCUAACCCCGUUGCACAAGAACUAAGCAAUGAUGAAAAUCAAAGGAAACACGAUGAAGGACAUGGCCAUGAUGGGAACGAAGAAAAGAGCGAGCAAACUGAUCAUCAUGCUCUGAGUUUUCAGAGAGAGAUGAGAAAGAAGGGAAGUAUAUUAGAGAGGGCUAUCGAUUUGUUUAGAAACAAUAUUAGUCUUACAAUUGUUUUAGCCUUUUCAUUGGGAGUGUUCGUGUCUCGAAGGUUUGAAUCAAAAGGAGAGUAA